UCAGAACCAGCUCGGCGGCUGCCCGGGGGCGAGAGGUGAGCAGCAGCAGCCGCCACCGCCGUCCCUUCUCCGGAGGCUGGGGCAGAGCAGCGGCAGCAGCAUGACUUCGGCGGCGCUGGAGAUUUUGGGGCUGGGGCUGGGCAUCCUGGGCUGGGUGGGGGUGAUCCUGGCCUGCGGGCUUCCCAUGUGGCAGGUGUCAGCCUUCAUCGACGUGAACAUCGUGGUGGCGCAGACCAUCUGGGAAGGGCUGUGGAUGAACUGCGUGGUGCAGAGCACGGGGCAGAUGCAGUGCAAGGUGUACGACUCCAUCCUGGCGCUGAAGCCCGAGGUGCAGGCAGGCCGGGCACUCACGGUCAUCGUGGCGCUGCUGGGGUUGGUGGCGCUCAUGGUGACCGUGGUGGGCGCCCAGUGCACCAACUGCAUCCGGCCCGGCAAGAUGAAAUCCCGCAUCGUGAUCGCCGGCGGGGCCAUCUACAUCCUCUGCGGGGUCCUGGUCCUUGUCCCGCUCUGCUGGUUCGCCAACAUCGUCAUCAGCGACUUCUACGACCCCACUGUGCCGCCGUCCCAGAAGCGGGAGAUGGGAGCCGCGCUCUACAUCGGCUGGGCGGCCACGGCCCUGCUGCUCUUCGGGGGCUGCCUCAUCUGCUGCUGCUCCUGCUCGCAGCGCGACGAGACCUCCUUCCCCGUCAAGUACUCGGCACCGCGGCGGCCCACCUCCAACGGCGAGUAUGACAAGAAGAACUACGUCUGAGCGGGGCUGCUCGGCUCCCCUGGCCCUGCAGGGACGCUGAUGGACGGCUCUGAACUGGCACUGCCGGGCUCUGUUGGCCAGGGGUACAGGCACGGACCAGUCCCGGGCUGCUCGCUCACUGUGCCGGGAGCAUCUGCAGUCAGCUCGACUGACUGGGCGCUGCAGCGCUCCCCUGCCUAGAGGCUGUCUUAACGGGGCACCCCGGCAAGCAGCAGCCCUAGGCAGGGCAGCGCCCCUCUGCCUGCCAGCCCAGCCUCCUGUCGGGCCAUUGGAGCACCACUCUGGGCCCCGCUACCACCUGCCUGCUGUGCCGGCACUGGCACCCAUCUUGGCCUGGGGUGACAGCGGGCACCGAGGAGCCUGGGAGAGCCACGGCUGAGUCUGCCGGGGCUGAGCCUGGCUGCUGCCGCUGUCCCCAUCUGCCCGACGGCCCCUGCCACCGCUCUGGCCCCAGCUGGCGUUACCGUGGGAGGCUUUGGGAGCACUUCAGUGCCCACUCCUGCUGCUGGUGCCUCUCGGAGCGCUGCCUGGCUGCUGGGACAGGCCAUCGGCUGUGCGCUGGCACAGAGGAGAAGUUUCACUGCUUCAUUUUCUCUCCUGAAAACCAGUGUCUGACUGAGUUCUGCCGUGGCUUUAAUUGGUUAAGGUUUUUUCUUUUGUUCUUCUUCAGUAUGGGCAACUAAACUAGAGUUUCUGUCUAAAGCACAACAUUAACCUUGGUCCUUAAUCCCACAGCAAGUAACUAUUUGGAGAAAGGCAUGUGAUUGAUUUUCUUCAGUUGUUUUUGUCCCUCAAAGGAGUGCAUUGGUCUGCGUGCCUUUGAGACUUCUGAAAGUGAUUUCAGACAGUUGCUGUUGUUUAGCAGAGUACAGAGAUUAUCCUAGGUUCUCGUUCCCUUCUCCUUUGUCAGCUUCUGUUCUGUUUUUACUUGAAUAUGAACUCAUUGCAGGUUGCCAGAAUUUUUGGAGGACUAGGUUCAGAGUCCUAGGAGACCUUUGCAUGUUGUGGCUCCAGCAGGGCAUCCCUCUGCGUCCUCUUAUCUGCACUACAGGAGACUGGAAACAUAAAUAUUGCCCCGGAUAUGGAUGGUUAGGUUAUGGGAGGCUUUCAUGGCCUUGCGGAUGAGCACUGCUUGCUGCCCACUUUGAAUCAUGUGUGUUCAGUUGGGCAUGCACUUGCUUGACUCCCCACUGUAACUUUGUUAAUGUAUACUUUCCUUCAUUUACCUAAUCAGACAGAAAUUAAGUGCUAGAAAACUUUCUCCAAUUAUUUUGACUGAGACUUUAUGCAUGCUAAUUGGGAGAUGUGAAGUUGUGGCUCUCAAAGCCCUCAUAGCUCCUCCAGUGUCCUGGUAACUGCAGACUGGAAGGAAGAUGCUCUGGGCACCAUAACUCUUCUGAGCUCAGCACCUGUUAAACUUCACCCCAGCCUGGAAUAUUAACACACACCUUUCCUUUUUACACUGUAGAGACAAAAGUUUUUUAAAGAAGGGGCUGAAGGGUGGUGUGAUGCUCUCAGACAAAUUGUCAAGAGGGGGAAAAAAAAUCUUGUACCUUUAAAUUGACCCAGAUUUCUGCUGCAGACUGGCAGCAUCUGUACUGUCACAAGGAGCUUUCUGCCAACAGCUAGGGAGGAAAGGUGCUGUGAGCACUCCUCAGGGCACAAUGCUACAACCUUGUGGGGCCCUCACAAACACAUAGCAAUACAGCACACACCUAAGCUGUGUAUUAACUCCUACAAGUUUCUGAUAACGUUGAGACUUACAGACUAACCAUUACUGGGGGGUCCUGACAGAUCCGCAUUGACUGCAUUUUGGCUUUGCUUAGCAAAAUUAACACCCCAACAGUAUCAAUACGUACAGACCUGAAGGAGGGAAUAAAGCCUUGCCCCUGCAAAUACGGACGUUGAAUACAGAGCACAGAUUUCACCCUUUGAAAGGUAACUGCCUUCAUUUCAAACGCAUACACACAGGGUCCGAACCCAGACAAUACAAAAGCAGAGCACUAUGUCUAGAACUAGUACUGUUCUAUAAAGAGGUGCAGUUCUUACACUGUCUACAUUUAAAUGAAAGCUAUAAUGUUGUUGUUGUGAUGUGAUAUGUAGUUUUGGUACAAGAAUGAAAUAUUCUGUAUUUCAUCAUUGCAAUGUUUUUCUUUUUAAAGCAGUAUAACCUUGUAAACUGUAAAUGUAUUUAAAUGCAUACAUUUUGCAAGAAAUUACCAAAGUUAGCUUGUUAUAUGGGUUGGUGCCUUUAUUUGUUUCAUGGUUGUUUUAUUUGGAUCUUAAAUGGUAACGUCCAACUGUUUUUGUCACCCAGCCCACACCUACAGACAUGUUACGCCAUCACUCAGACCUCUGGUGUCUAGCAAAGAGGCAAUGGAUAUUAGCUCAGCUCCUGCAGACUUCACUUUGUUUUUUACAGAUCUCAUCAAUUUAAUGGGAAUUUGUCUCAAAUUAAAGAAUUUUAAAAAAAGGCUGAACCUGGCAGACAUGCCAGGUAUCAUUACUUCAGAGCCUACAGAAGUACUGCAGGAUUUGGGGUCUACCAGGAGGUGAAAUCGUUCUGAGUUCAUUGCUAGCAUUUAGAAUCCAAUCAGAAUGGCUGUCCUGGGGGGGAGGGAGGAAAACUCACACCUUUGAAGGGAAUUUUUUUGUAAACAAGCCAAAAUCCCUGAUAGAUAGGUUCAUGUCAUGGCAGGGCUGGGUCCAUUUAUAACCAAAAUCCAAAAAAAAUGCAUAUUGAAACCUCUUGGAAGAAGCCAGUGCUAACUGUGUAUGUACCAGUAAACACAGCAUCACCCGACCAAAACCACAGCUCGUUGCUGAUGUAAGGAAGUUUUGCUGAGGUCAGGGGGCAGCACCCAACAAUACUAGCAGGAAGGGGGCCCCAUUUUAAAAAUUAUAUAUACAUAUUUAAUCUCAUCCUUCAAUACACUUGUUGCUGUGCUUUAAAAGAAAACCAAACAAACAACCCAAUUGAAUGCUGUUACUGACAUCACUGGCUUCAGGGUGUAAGUUGUUUUUUGCUCUGUUUUCCAAGACCAAAACAUAGUCCUAGAGCUUAAGACUCAGAAGUGCUCAGGAUCAGGCCUGAACCUCAUCCCAGUGAAAACAAAAACCUACAGCACUUGUUUGCUAUUUUUAUUUUGUAUUUAUGAUUUCGCAUAAAAAUAAAACCCACCUAAAUC